AUUGAAUUUCAUAUUGACAGUUGUUCCAAAGAUUUUGCAUCCGCGGCACAAGAAAGUGAAAGGUAUUGGUGGAAUAAUCAGCGAUUUCAGGACAUUUGUCCUUAACCUUUAAUGGUUGUGUUUCAACCAAGACAUGGACGAAGAUGAACGACAGAGGAAACUAGAUGCUGGAAGAGCAAAGCUUGCUAGCUUCCGACAGAAAAGGGCGAAAGGCGACGGUCAAGUCGCGCAGAAAAAGACGCAGAAGAGGAAGGGCCCGUCUCCAACGCAGAAUGACGGCCCAGCGCAAGGUCGCCCCCUAGGGAUGGACCUCCAGACAGACGCCAACGCCACACAGCAGGACUGCAUGUGUAACAAUGAGGAACCACAAUGUUUUGGGGAGACAGAUCAGAGCCAUCUUCCAGAGGUCCAGUGGAGCCAGGGGCACUUGGAGCAACACCAUCCCCAGGAGGGAAGCAGUGUCCUGGGGAGGCAGGCAGUCAGUGGGCAUCCUGAGGAGAUGGCGGUUGUGGGAGAGGAGGUCCUAGUGGUUCGUACUGGAAAAGAUCAGCUCAAGCAGUUACAGGCCGCAGUAGAGAAGCGUAAUGAGAUCAUCAGCAGACUGAGCUGUAACCUGCAGGAGGCGCUGGAGAGCAGAGACAAGGAACAGCAGGAGGCCUUCUCCCUCACUGGACAGAUACAGGCCCUGAAGAUGCAGCUACAGCAGACCUCUCAGUUCUUUCCCUCCAGGACCCAGUGGGGCUCAGAGCUCUCCCUAGCCCAGCGGCAGGCCUCCCGGCCUGGCCACAGCUCCCACGACCUUCCCUCACUCCCCAACCACCUGGAGUUCUCAGUAACAGAACCAGGGAACCAAAUACGCACACUCCCAAUGGAACAUGAACAGACUGGAGCUGGGUGUGAGAGCCCAGAACAAUAUAUUGAUCCUGAGAUGGAUGUACUGAUACACACAUUGAGGAGAGAGCUGCUAGAGGAGAAGGAGAAAAACCAGCUCAUGCUUUCCCAACUAGAAGAGGAGAGGACAGGGAGGGAGGAGGAGAGGAGAGAGAUCCACCAGUACAAGGAGGAGAAGGAGGUGUUGAAUAGGGAAUUGCAGGAGCUAAGGAGGAGACUGGAGGAGAAGAGGGAGAGAAGGAACGAGAGGGAGGAUGAGCGAGAGAUCAGGGAAAGACAGGAAGCGGAGAAGAGGAGACUUGGAGAGGAGGUGCAGAGAGUCCGACAGGUGUUGGGGGAGAGGGGGAGAACGAGAGAGGAGUUGGUGUUCAAGGCUUCUAAAGACAAACUGAACCAGGCAAAGGCCAGUGUGGAGGAUGGGGAGGGGGAGAGAGAGGAGUGCCUUCUAGACCUGUCCCUCUCCACUGAUGGCACCCCGCUGUUGGAGCGCUACCUCCCCUCGGCCCUCCCCUCACACACACACUUGUCCUGGGCCAAUGAAACUCUGGAGGAGUGCAGCUUUCUGGAAGGGCACAGCCUGCUGGACAACUCUGGCAACUACAGGUUUGAGCUGGACAGAGACAUCAUCAGCGGUGGUGACCAAUCCCAGCUGUCCUUUUCGCAGGAAGAACAGAUUCACUUUUCUGUCCCACAAUCCACUGCACAGUCCCACCACCCUGACCCUGAGAACGAAACCUUGCCCUCUUUCGCAUCCCAGUGGCAGAACGACCCCCUCUCUGUCUCACGAGAUGCCAGCGAGACCUCUGAGAGGCUCAGUGAGACGUCAGAGAGUCAGGAGGUCUCAGACCUGGGCAAGGAGCUGCUCAUCCAGCAGUGUGGAGACCUCAGGGAGGAGGUGGCUCUGAGGGAGAGGGAGAAGGAGGUGGUGAUGGAGGAGUUGAGGAGGAGCGCUGAGGAGCUGGAGGAGUCCAGGGCCAGGUGGGCCCAGGUCUCUGAGGAGCUGCAGGAGGCGCACUGGGAGCUUGAGGAGGAGCGAGAGAGGAGGAGGAGAGCUGAGGAGGAGGUCAGCCUGAAAACACACGAGGAGGACAAUCUGAAGAACAGACUCUGCACCUUAAUGGAGGAGAGAGAGAAAGAGAUGGAGAGACUCAACUCCUCUCCUCUCCUAGAGAAGGAGGGAGGUACCCUCCUCCACAGCCAGGAACGAGUGAUGGAACAGCUAAAAGCGGAGAAAUCUCUCCUCCUCGCUCGUCUAAAACAGCAGGAGGAGCUGCUCUCCUCUGUCCGGUUGGAGAAAGGAAGCAACAAGGAGAAAGAUGAGGUGGAGGAGAAGAGUGUCCUCUCCAGGUUGAAGCAGCAGGAGCAGCUGGUCUCCUCUCUGCAGGAGGUGAAACAGGCGGGAGACUCUGUCUCCUCUGAAGUUCAUGCUUUGUUUGGAAUACGGCUACAGUCACUACAGACCCAUCGUGACCAGCUUCUAGCCCUGCUGGAAGAAACUAAAACCAGGCACAAAACCACCACCGCUCUCCUCAGUCAGAAAACCCUGGAGCUCGACACCGCUCAGAAAGAGAUGGACAGAGCCCAGAAGGAGGCGGAGACAGCGAGUCAGGAGGCGGAGAGGAGGACAGAGCAGACGGAGAGGGAGAAAACAGAGGUAGAGUCUGAGUUGCUGUGUCUGAGACAGAAUCUGUGGAACCUGGAGGAGCUGCAGGCCCAGGGAGUGAGGGAGAGGGAGGAGGGCAGAAGGAGAGAGGAGGAGAUGGACAGAACCACACAGAGGCUGGAGAAGGUGAUGGAGGAGUUCCAGAGACAGCUCCGAGACAAGGAGGAAGAGGUGGCGGAGGAGAGGGAGAAGUGGGAGGUGGAGAGGCAGGAGAAGGACGGGGAGGUGCAGGGGGUGAGACGCCUGCUGGAGGAGCAGCGGAGGGAGAGGGAGCAGGAGGUGAAAGCGCUCCUGGAGCAGCAGAUGCGGUCUGUGGAGGAGGCCACAGAGAGACUGAGAAGAUCUCACAGUGAGGACGUGCAGGAGCUGCAGGAGAAACACCAGGAGGAGGUGUCUGAGCUGAGUGGCCAUCUGGAGAGAGAGCUGUGUGAGCAGAGACACAGUCUGGAGGAAGAGCAGAAGAGACAGAUCAGCCUUAUCAAACAGGUGAACGAGAGAGAACACCAGAGGAUGCUGUUGGAGAUGAUGUCACAGCAGAGGGAGGAGCUUAGCCGUUUGAAGGCAGAGCUAUCAGGGGACCAGAGGGAGAGCAUGGAGACAGCCCACCAAGCAGAACUACUGCAGAUACAGAGCCAACAGGCUCUGGAGCUGGAGGCGCUGCGUCUGAGCCUGACCAACCACCAAACGACCCAGCUAGAGCUCUCCCAGACCAACCUGCAGCGGGAGCGGGAGGCCUCUCUAAGCGAGCUCCAGGCUUCCCUCAGGGAGAAGUGGGCCCAGGAGAGGGCCGUGCUGCAGGCCAGACAGCAGUUAGAGGUGGAGAGGCUGAGAGCUGAGAGUGAGGAGAGGAUCCAGCGAGAGCAGCAGGAGUAUCACAGGAACAUGGAUGCUCUGAGGCAGGAGUGUGAGAGUCGUGUCUCCCAGGAGAGAGCGUCCAUGGAGGAGCGGCAGGCUGCAGAAAUAGUGGUCUUGAGGUCCCGAUGGCAGCAGGAGUCAGAGAAGGCCCAGUCAGAGCUCCAGACACAGCUGUCAGAGGCUCGGCUAUCACUCUCCUCUACCCAGGCAGCCUUCACCCAGACUGGGGCAGAUCUGUCCGAGGCCCGGGCUAGCCUGGAGGAGCUCCAGAGGCUGGAGGGGGAGCUGAGCCAGGCCUGGACCGACAGGGACGCUGCUGCCCGUGCAGUAGAGGAUCUGGUGUCCAGAAAUCAAGUGGUGCUGCAGGAGAGAGAGGAACAAACACGGCAGCUACAGCAGGAGGUGUGUCGUCUGCAUGGGGAGCAAGUGACUCUGAGACAGACUUGUGACCAGGAGGUCGCUCAGCUAGACAGCAUAAGCACCAACCGCCAGGAACUGGGAGAGUUGAAGGAGCAGCUACUAGCUCGUUCGUCGCGGGGGGAUGGCAUCGAGCGUCUGCAGGCGGGGUUUAACGAGCAGAGGCGGGAGAUCAAUGAGCAGAACGAGGUCGAGCUGGAGAACCUGAGGAGGUACUUUGAGCAGCGUCUGCGAGUAGCAGAGGAGAGCUACCGGGAGGAGAUAGCCCUGCUGCAGCUGAGACUGGUGGAGGGAGCCCUGGAGGACUCUGUACUCAAGACCCAGGAUGCUAGUUUCCUGUCUGAAGGGAGAGGGGAGGAGGAGAGGAACGAUGUUCUGGCUGAGAUCACACUGAAACUGGAGAAACACCAGGAGGCGUUUGACCAGCUGCGUGUCCAGUUGGAGGAGAGACACACUAAGGAACUGUCUAACCUACGGUCCUCUCUGGCCCUGUCCUACAGAGAGGAGCUGCUACAGGUGCGUUUGGACCUGACUGAUCGUUACUAUGGCGACCUGCAGGAGCUGAAGACUCGCCACGCCCUCGAGAUGGAACAACUCCGCGCUAAACUGUCAGACAGCCAUGUCAGAGAGCUGACGAGAGUGAGUCUGGAGGCUGCCAGACAGGUGGAGGUGGAGGUGGAGCAUAGGAUGUGGUGUCACUCUGAGGAGCUGCAGACCAGAACGACCAUGAUCCAGAACCUGGAGACACAAUUGGCUGCCGUGGCAGACACACACAACAUGGAGCUACGCUCACGCACUAUGAAGCUGAAGCAGAGCUUUGCUGAGGAGCUGGGUGUGAAACUAGCAGAGGAACGUGUGAUUGAGGAGAUGACCCUGAGGAGAGCGGAGGAGGUGCAGAGGCUCAGACAGGAGCUCCAGGAGGAGGGGGAGGCAAGGGUCUCUGCCCUGAGAGAGGAGAUGGAGAGAGGGAUGGCAGCGGAAAGGAAAGCUCUGGAGAAAGGGAUUGAGGAGGCGAGAGCGGCGCUCAGGAGUCUACAAGCCUCACUGGACAACAACCAGAACCCCCAGGCGGUGGCAGUGAGACAGAGACUAGAGGCCCAGUACGAAGCUGAGCUGGCCAGGGCCAAGUCCACCGUGGCUGCUGAGGUCAAGGAGCUGACCGCUCUGCUUCAGGGGCAGGGAGACCAGAGGCUGCACCAAGCCCAGGACAGGUUCCAGGAGAAGAGGGAGUUGGAGCAGCGUCUGGCCCAGCAGGGUGAGGUUUGUCUGGGGGAGCUGAGGGAGGAACACAUGGCCGCCAUGGAACUCCUGAAAACCACGCUACUGACCAACCACACGAAGGACAUGGACACACUACGAACCAAUCACAAAGUAGAACUGGAGUCCUUGUUGGCCAAUCACAAGGCUGAGCUCAAAGCAAUGGCAACGGAGAUCGCAACAAAACACAAGGAAGAGCUUGUUGUCUUGGAAACCAGCCUUGAAUCGAAACGCAAGUCAGAGCUUGAUCGCCUGGAGGCAGUCCUACAGGAAACCAAUGAGGCUCAGCUAGAGGCACAGGAGGCAGAGUUAGAACACCGGCAUCAGGAAGAGAGGGAAGAGCUGGAGAAGAGGAUGCUGGGUAAUAUGGACACACUGGAGACCACGUACCUGAGAGAGAUCCAGACUCUGCGCUAUCAGAAGUCACAGCUUGAGGCGGAGCAUAUGCGGGAAGUGGAGUGUGAUGGGUUGGAGCAGCAGUCUGUCAGGGAGGAGCUGAGGAAGAAGCUGGCUCAGCUUCACAUGGAGAAGUUUAGCGCCAUGGCAACAGAGCUCAGCCACACCCACCAGAAUGAGUUGACAAUCCAGAGAGAGGCCUUAGAAGCUGAACACCACACGGCUCUGGAGGCCCUCAGGAAAAAGGUCUUGGAGUUGGCGCAACAGCACUGCACCGCCUUAGAGGGGCUCACACGCACCUACACCUCAGAGACACAGCAACUCAACACACAGCACCAGCAGCAGCUUCAGGAGCUAAAGAGUGCAUCUGUGAGAGAGCUACAGGCGUGUCGCCGGGAGCUGGAGGAGUCGUUGUCACGGCAACGGCUGCACUUCCUGGAAGAGGUUGAGUUUCUGAAGGCCCAAGCAGAGGAGAGACUUCAGCACAAGAUCAGCCGACUGAAGGCGGAGUUUGAGGAGCAGAAGGAGGCGGAGCUAGCAGAACAGAGGCAGAGCUUCGGUGCUGAACACGAGCAGAAGGAACAAAGCUACACCGACAAGAUGAGCCAGCUCACUGCACAACUGCUUCAGCUGGACACUGUGGUGUCACAGCUGCGAGCGGAGGUGGGUAAUCUACAGGGGGAGUUGGAGGGGAAGAGGUCAGAGAUGGAGACCCUGGAUACACUCCUCCAACGGCGAGAAAGAGAGAGUCAGGAGGGAGGCAACCUCUUCAACAUGCUUACUGAGGACCUACACACUGCCAAGGAGGAGAGGCACACUCUCCAGUCAGCCAAUGAGAGGCUGAGGAAGGUUCUGAUUGAGGUGGUUCUGAGCACCAUGGCAAUGGAGGAGCUAAUUGGCUGCCGGGUCAAAGCCUGUGUCGGGGUCAGAGGUCAUGAUCAGGGUGAGAGGCCAGGAGAGGAAACAACCAAUCAAGUGGCAGCAGACAUGUCGACAGGCGCUCUAGAGCUCUCUCAGCGUGUGUGUGAGAGCCUUCUACUGGCAGAGUCCCAAAAAAACUCUGGAGGAGAGGAAGCAGCCCUGGGAGAGGAAGCAGCCCUGGGAGCCUGCAGCCAACUACGCCACUCUGUGGACACACUCCUGGAGCUCCUCACACGCGCUAGCACACAGUUGGAGGAGUCUUGUUCUGUCCAUCUGUCUCUGGAGGAGAGAUUUUCCCAGGGCCGUUCAGACUCCUCCCAGAUGCUGCUCCAACACCAGCUCGUGUUGGAUCAGCUGGACCAGGAAGCGGGACUCAAGAGCAAGCUCCAGCUGGAGCUCCACAAGGCCGAAGGUCUGUUGGAGGGCUAUGUGGCUGAGAAGGCAACUCUGGAAGAAUCUCUACAACAAAAGGAGGCUCAGGAAGAACGGCUUGUUGAUGAGCUAGAGGGCCUCCGGGCGCAGCUGCACCAGAUGGAUGGCCUAACGGUGGAGCUGGAGGGCCUCAGGGUGCAGCUGCAUCAGAAGGAAGGCCUCACCUCUGAGCUAGAGGACCUCAGGGUGCAGUUGCAGGAGCUAAGCGAGGAGCACAGUCUCCUCCAGCGCCAAAAGGUCCAUCUCACUGCCGGACUGGGAGAGAGAGAAAAGGGCCUCCUCGUUGAGGCAGAUCGUCUGGCCCAGGAGAGGCUGUGUGUGCAGCGGCAGGCGGCGAAAGACCGCAGCUCACUGUCUCUGCGCCUCAGGGCUCUGGAGACCGAGCUAGAGGAACAGGAGAACCAGGGCCUCACGGCGGAGCAGCAGCACAGGGCUCAAUCAGAGGACCUCCAGCAGCGCGUCCAGGCCCUCGAGAAACAGCUCAAACACAACAGGCAGUUUAUAGACGAGCAGGCAGUGGAGCGGGAGCAUGAGAGAGAUGAGUUCCAACAGGAGAUCAGAAGUCUGGAGGCUCAGCUCAGACAGCCAGCCAGACACUCUGCUGGGACCAGCAAGGGCCAGCGGAUUGAGGACUUGGUUCUGCAGGUGGAGAGCCUUCAAGCCCUCAUCAGGGACAAGACAGAAGACCACACCUCCCUGCUGGCAGCCAAUCAACAGGUCCAGCUCGAGGUUGCUGAGCGCAAUGAGGAGAUUGACAAGCUGGCUGGGCGAAUUCGGGAGCUGGAACAGGCGUUGCUAAGCAGCUCCGAGAGCAGCAGAGCUGUCAGUCGACUGGAGCAGGAGCUGCGCAGAACUCGGCAGAGAGAAGAAGAGCUCACACAGGAUAAGGAGUCAUUGCAGCAGCAGCAGUUGUCAAAUCGUCUCCAGAUUUCAGCGCUGCAGUCUAAACUGGACGAGACCCGUCACUGUUACCGUGACAACAAUGCUAGCACCCCCGACCCCAUCCAGCUUCUCCGAGACGCGUUGGACACCGCACAGCAAGACCUGCAGAACAAGGAGCAACAGGUGUGUGUGUUGGUUGGUCAAAUGGAGGAGACUCAGAGAGACCUGACCAUAAAAGAGGCGGAGUUAAAACAUCUCACUCUCCAGCUGGAGCUCCUGACCAAUCAGAACACGGAUACCAUCACCCAGCUUCACGACCAAGUCGCUUCUCUCAAAGAGACAGUUUCAGCCCUUACCUUUCGCCUGGAGGAGAGAGAGAUUGGAGAGGAGGAGAGUCUCCCAUCUGCUCUGUUAGAGGAGAAGAAUGACGAGAUAGACCACCUGACCCAGGAGAUACACAAGCUAGAACUGGAGCUGGAGACAGCCAGGGACAUCACGGCCUUCCAGACAGAACUUGAAGACCUCCGCUCCCAGGUGGAGCACCUCCGCUGUGACAUCAUCAGGGUGCGUCAGGACAAGCAGGAAGAGGAGGAGCGGUUUCACGAGGUCAUCAGCACGCUACAGGCGGAGCUAAACACCCUUGGCCCCGCCUACCACGAUGUCAGCGACCUAUCACAAGAGGGCGACAGUGUUAACCCUUCAUCUGCUCCCAGCCCGGAACCUGCCAACUACCCCCAACCAGAGAGAGGAGGAGGAGAGGGCGACAGUCUUAAGCAGGAGAUGCGUCUCCUCCACUCAUCUUCUCGUUCUCAUGUGGAGGCCAUGCAGGGGCAGCUGGAGGUGACGGUGGGAGAGAAGGAGGCGAUGGAGAGACUGCUGCUCUCUCAGGAGGAAGAGUACAGAGGACAGGGGGAGGAGAUGGGGAAGAGGCUCAGGGAAGAGAGGGAGAGAGGGGAAGAGGUAAAGAGAGAACUCCAUCUAAAAGAGGCUGAGCUUGAAGAGGUGAGAGCCAGGAAAGAAGGGCUGGAGGAGGAGAGGGAUGCAGCUGUGGAGGAGAGCGGUCGCUGGCAGGCUCUUGCCCAGGAGACGAACUCCCUGCGAGGGGAGAAAACUCGGCUAGACUCCCUGGUCCUGGAGCUAAAAUCAAGGGUUGAAGAGCGGGAGAAAGAGACUGAAGCCCUUCUACAGACCUUGGUGGCUGUCGAGACAGCGAAGGCAGAACUUUCGUCAGAACGCGAGGCCCUGCGGAAGGAGGAGUGCAGACUCCAAGAGGAAAUAGAACGCCUCCAGCAGGAAGUGACCUCUCAGAGGGCUUGCCUCCAGGAAGUCAGCCGUCAACUAGAGGAGAGGCGAGCCAACCAGGAGGAGGCUCAGAAGGAAGUGCUGACAUGUGCUGAGGAAACUCUGGCGAAGGCUGACGCUGCCCUGAGACAGAGGGAGGAGGAGCUACAGAGACUAGGGGCAGAGCAUCAAGCCCUGGAGGCAGAGUUAGCAGCUGUGAAGGAGGGUCUUUGCUCCAGCACAGAGAGAGCUGAGAAACUACUGGAGGAGGGACAGACCAAGGACCGGGCCCUGGUUGACCUGGAAACCAAUAACCACGAUCUGAAAGCGGAACUCCGGGGCCUACAGGAGGAGCUGGCCUAUCAGCAACGAGAACUGCUGCAGCUCAGACAGACCUGCAACCCGCACAGCAGACAGGCACACUCAUUGAAGGACGUCACGCCCAGAGGAUUCCAGGACGGUGUGUCUCCCAACGAGUCCCUGAGUUCUCCCGAGGUUCUCCGUCGACUGGACUGUUCUGAUGAGAGAACCAGAGAGGACAGGUUCCACCCCUCUGUUCUCCACGGUUCUAGACUGUCUGACCUCAGUGCUUUAAACAGCACAGGCCUGGGGCUCCAGGCUAAAGCCUCCCCCCGGGUAAGGAAAGACCAGUCCUGCCCAGGGACAAUCAGCCCAGAGCUGGGCACACACAGCACCCACUCCCCUGGGUCCAUCUCUGCCUCGGACAACCUCUCCAUGUUGGACUCAAUGGACGCUGACAGGGUGCAUGAGCUGGAAGCCCUGGACCUGACGGCCCCUCCCUCAUCUCUUGGCUCCGCCUCUCCUAUGUCUGCAACGGAGUGGGCCAGUGAUGGAUAUGGCAGCAAUGUCAGUUCAGAGCCCGGUGUAAGACUCAAGGUAGAGUUGGAGCAGACAGAGAGGCUGGACGCACAGUUCUUGGAGUACCUGCGUUGUCGAGGCAUGAACCCCGCAACCAACACACACACAGGCAGCGCCGCCGGGAGUAUGAGCUACAACGACGAACUGUUUUCUCCUGAACUACAAGGUCUGUUGAAGACAGUGUACCAGGAGAGCUGCAGGGUUCUCGCCCUCUCCCAGCGUAACGCCCCCUCUAACCACCUCUCAUUGGACCAGAUGAUCUAUCAGUUAGACUCUAAAGCUCCUCCAAUGUGUUGGGAGCAGGAGAAGAGGGCGUUACAGGAAACUGUCAUCGCUCUGAGAGAACUGCUCUGUCGGAUGGCACAAAGACCGGAGAACUCGGUGGAUGCUGGUUGGAGCAGAGGGCUGCAGGCUGCAGUAAGGGGUGUGUUUGACUGUGAGAGGGCAGGGCUUCGCUCUGAGCUGCAGGCCUUUCUCUCCUCCCACCCUGAGAUAGACUCCAUCCACCUCCUCCGUCAGCUGGAAACACUGCUACAGAGACAGGAGCAGCAGCAGGGUCUGCAGCUGCAGCACUCCCAGGGGGAGGAGUCAUCUAAAGGGGAGGUGUUAUCCAAGCUGAGGGUGGAACUAGAGGAGAGCAGAGAGCGACUUAACUCCUCCCACAGCACCCAGCAGGAACUACAAAACGAGAUCCGCAAACUCAGGCUGUGUAUAGAGGACUGUGAGGAGGCUGUAAGGAGGGAGGAGACCAGAGUCCAGGAGCUACAGCAGGAGCUAGACCAGGAGAGAACUCUCACACACCUCCGGGAGAAGGAAGAGGAGCAGCAGAGAUCAAAGGUCGUGUCCCUGAGGGGUCUGCUGGACCAGGAGAGGACGACCUCUAGUAACCUCCGACAGGAACUCCAGAUAGAACUCUCCCGCAGCCACCUCCUCCAAUCACAGCUCGACACACGGCUAGCCGAUGCCCACAAGGAGCUGGAGGAGGAGUGCGCCCGUUCCGCCCGGCAACUCGACACUUUCCAGUCACAGGAAAAGAGUCGGCUGGAACACUUCCUGAAAGAGGCUGAGUCCCGCCUAGCUGACGCCCACAUGAAGAAACUGGAGGAGGAAUGCAAGCGGUCCGCCCGGCGUCUCGAUGACAUCACACGCAGACAAGAAGCGGACGCGUCCCGAGACAGGAAGUUCAUCUCGGAGCUCCGCUCUCAACUGGAGCAGGAGAGGAGGCAGGGGGAGGAGCUAGCCACCGUGACAGAUGGACUGAGGGCGGAACUUCUGCAGAACCAGAGGAGAGUAGAGGAGGAAGAGAGGAAGAGGAGAGAGGAGGCACAGCGAGAUCAGGAUGCUGCAGCCCGCCUCCGAGUCACUAUGGAGACACUCAAGGAGCAGAAGCAGGAGGCUAGUCGAGCAUUGGAGACUGAGAGAGAGCGUUCUGGUCGCUUAGGGGCGGAGCGCAAUGUGCUGAGGGAGAGGCUUCGAUCGGUCAAUGACGAGGAGAGGGAGCGGGAGGAACAGAGGGAGAGGGAGAGGAGGAAGGAGAGACAGGAGCAGACAGUGAGAGAGAGGCGACACGAGAGAACCAGCAACAAACUGUGUGAAUUGGAGUUAUUGCGGCAGCAGGACCAGCAGAGGAUGAGACAUCUCCAGCAGACUCUGGCUGAGCUAGAGAGGGAGGAGAGAGAGAUGGCCACAGAGAGACUAUCCAACCGACACCAGUACAACUCCAGCCCACUCCAACCCAAGAAUAACACCUCGACUGGACCAGACCAGACCAGCACAGCCCUGUACAACCACCAGUCUUCGUCUUCUUCCUCGGUGCUGGGGGAGAGGUUGUUGAGGGAGAACUCUGACCUGUCGGCCUGCGUGAAAGAGCUAAGUCAGGAGACGGUUAACCUGAAACACACCCUGUCCUGUCUGGAACGACAGCUACAACAGGCAGAGACUGAGAACCGGCCUAGCACUGACCUCAGCAACAGCAAGCGACUGUAUGAGCGCUAUCUACGGGCUGAGAGCUUUAGGAAGUCUCUGGUCUACCAGAAGCGCUACCUUCUGCUCCUGCUGGGGGGCUUUCAGGACUGUGAACAGGCAACUCUCUGUCUUAUCGCUCGGAUGGGGGCGCACCCCUCAACCCCCCACGCCCACACACACUCUCCCCUCUCACGCUUCAGAGCUGCAGUACGAGCUGUCAUCGCCAUCUCACGACUGAAGUUCCUGACCAGGAAGUGGCAGAGAGUCAUCAGGAGAGGAGUUACAACAACUGUCACUGUCAACGGACACAGCACAGCUUCCAGGACUGAGGUUUUGAGGCAGCAGCAGCCACUGGCCAAUCACAACUCCUCUCCACCUACUAGAGACAGCAGCCCCACCUGUAAGGGUAUGGUUUCACCAAUGAAUUCACCCUUCAGGCUCCACAACCGAGUGUAUUCCAACCCGGUCCUGUCCUCUGAGUGUGCUCCGUCCAGUGUUCUGUCCCAGGAUGCCGAGCGGUCUCUGACAGACUACAUCCACCACCUGGAGAACGUACAGCAACGCCUGGGGGCUGCACGUCCAGACUCUCCAUCUCUUCUCUCCUACCACAAGAAGUCUGACUGCUGAAGGAAGGAAUGAAGCAAUGUAUGAAUGCCUCCUUUCAAUGCAACAUAUUUAUGAUCCAUCUGUGUUCAAAUAUACAAGGGAAUUGUAUUUGUCUAAUAUCUGAUUUAGAAAGUUAAGACACUUUUUUUUUUAAAGACAAAUGUAUUUUUUUACAAUGACUUUUUUCCACAGAUAUUUCUGUCGGCCUCCGAGUAAAUCCUAAGAGGUCUUCUCACCCGAAUGCAUGUGUUUUUGAAAGUAUUAGAUUGAUAUUUUUCUACCCGACCUUUAUUCAAGUUUGUAUCUCUGAUUCUGUAUAUAUGUUCGCUGUUAAUAUUUCAUGUGGAUAAAUGUGUUAAGUUUCAGACUGGAAUUCUGAGCUAGAUCAAAGCUGGUGAACAUGUUUUGUCAAUGAUUUUAAUUUAAUUUUAUAUAGAUCACCAUUUCUACAAAAUCAAUAAAUAUUUGAAUUGUGUGAUUACCUGC